UGUGUCUGUGGUGAACAGAACACCUUCAUAUACAGUCAUGUCAGACGUCGAAGAAGAGUACGAGGAGCAGGAGGCUGAAGAGGAGGUGGAGCCUGAGGAAGAGGAAGAGGAGGAUGAAGAGCAGCGGGUGGAGGUAGAGGAGGAUGAAGAGCAGCAGGUGGAGGUAGAGGAGGAUGAAGAGCAACAUGAGCACCAAGAACACCACGAUCAAGAAGUCCAGGAGGAAGAGGAAGAGCGCCCAAAACCAAAACCUUUGGUUCCCCAGCUCGCCCCUCCAAAGAUCCCCGAGGGCGACCGCGUGGAUUUUGAUGACAUCCACAGAAAGCGUAUGGAGAAAGAUUUACUGGAGCUUCACACUCUGAUCGACGUCCACUUUGACCAGAGGAAGAAAGACGAGGAGGAACUGAUCAGCCUGAAGGACCGAAUUGAGAAUCGUCGGUCGGAGAGAGCUGAGAUCCAUAGGGUCCGAACGGAGAGGGAGAAGGACCGACAGAACAGGAUCGCGGAGGAACGUCACAGAAAAGAGGACGACGAAGCCAAGAAGAAGGCAGUUGAUGAUCUCAAGAAGAAGAAAGUGCUCUCUGGCAUGGGAAACUUUGGAGGCUUCCUGGCAAAGGCGGAGACGAGGAAGGGGAAGCGUCUGACGGGUCUAGAGAUCAAGAAGAAGACUCUGGGCGAGAGACGAAAGACGCUAAAUGUUGACACCAUGAGAGAGGACGCUCUCAAGCAUGAAGCUCAGGAGAUGUGGAACAGCAUCUACCAGCUGGAGUCUGAGAAGUUCGACCACACGGAGUACAUGAAGCACCAGAAAUACGAGAUCAUCGUGCUGCUGAACAGAAUCCAACACGCUCAGAAGUUUAAGAAGAUCCUCGGCAAAGGGAAGGUGGCCGGUCGCUGGAAGUGAAGGAGGCGAAGAGGAGAAAUGGGAUUGAUCCCUAAAGCUGGAGGCAGUGAAGGCGUCUCAGUGUGUGACAGAUAUUGAAUGUUGAUAAGAUGUAUUGAUAAUAAAACGACAUGCACUC